GUCUUUUUGCUCGGUCAAGAUUGGAUGCAAGUCAAAGCGUUGGUGCCAACAUUGCAUUCAUUAAUCAUUACCCACUAGAGUGGUUGACAUCAUAAUAAAUUAUCAAGUAGUCGACCAUGAACCGUGCUUAUUACAAGUGCGCAUGUUAAAUACAAGAGACCUCAAACCACGAUUCAGAAGAAGAACAAAAAAUACACAAAGGCAAAAAGAGUAAGAGAAAUGGAGAAACAGUUGCAUGAAACCGUGGAGACUGCUCAUGUCGAACGAGGCAUCCGAGAGUCAUCACCCGAAAAAAAGAAAGAAAAAUCCCAUAAACAUAGAGGAAUAUUCCACCUCCACCAUCACUCAAAAGAUGAGAAAGACGAAGACAAGAAGAACGAGGGAUCAAAGAGAGAGAAGAUAGCUGCAGCCAUGGUUGGUCUUGGAGCCACCCUCAAGAAGAUUAAGCCUAAGGGUCACCACGGAGGCGGUGGAAACGAGGAAGGAGGAGGAGGAGGAGAGGAGGAAGAAGAAGAACAAGAACAAGAGGAGGAGGAGGAGGAGGAAGGAGAUGAUGGUGGGGACGAAGAAGGGGGAGGUAAGUUUAGUGCCUUCAUUUCCAUGAUCGCUGAAGCAUUUGAAGAAUAAGAUUUUAUCUUCUGAUCACUUUGUUGUAUUUCUGAUUUGAACUUGCUAUUACAUUUAGCAUUAUCAUUUUUUUCUAUUAUUUCAUAAAUUUUUUAAUGUGAUGUUGAAUUACUAAAUGGAGACAAUUAAGUAUUCAUAUGCAUUA